GCGCUGGUUCGCCCGCCCGGGACCUUGCGUCCUGGUUCCAAGGUUUGCUUCUCUUCCUCGUACGACGUCCACGACCCCCACGCCGUUUCCAACAGCAUCCAGCACGUCCUCGACACUGUUCACCGCGUCCAUCUCGAGCUUGCUUGACAGCACCUGUGUCUGCAUUCGAGAACAGUUACAAUGACACGGCACGUUCCGAGGAUGAUCGUCCUCGGUUCUUCUUUCAUUGGAGCCUUCGUUAAUACUGCACUUGCCAUACGCCUUCUUGCUCUCUGGCGCUCACUACGGUGGGAGUCAGAGAGUGAAUGGGAAGGUUCCGCCGAUGCUUGGAGGGUGGAUCCCGUCAAGCUGGUUUGGGGUCUCCUAUCUGCAUAUUUUGCUCUCGCUGCGGCGGCGUCCGCAGUUGGUUUCUUUGGAAUUGCUAGGAGAAUUCCAUCCUUCGUGCGGUUGUUCCGUGAUUUCUCGAUCGCGGACUUUGCUUUCACCACAGUCUCUACCAUUGCUGUAGGCUAUUCAGCAUUCACCUCUCCCUAUGUUCGCUCGGGGGUCUGUGAAGAAUUAUCGCGACAGCCUGAUCUGCUGCGAGACAUUGCUGAGACAGGACUCAGCCUCGAGAACUGCGAAUUCUGGUUCGAGAGGGCAAUUGUUGUCGUCCUUGGCAUCUCAGUUGUUCUCAUCGCCAUCAGGCUUCACUUCGUGAUCGCCCUUGCGAAGUAUUACAACCAAGUGCGACGAGACCGUAUACCCAAGCUCUACACGAGCCUCCGUCCGAUCAAAGCUGAUUCACUUCAGCGUAUUUACCUCCUUCCAACACCCACCAGUCCUUCAUCCUCACUGCCUUCCAACUUCAAUACCCCACAUCAGCACAAUCGAUCAAGGUCAGAAGUCCUCAUCUAUGCGCCUGUUCCACUUGGGGACCUUUCAGAGCAAGACGCUAGAGAGUUAAACGCAACUGAGGCCUGGAUUUCGACACCUUCAACUCCCAAUUCGCCGCAUUCGCGUACCCAUCGGCAUACACAUUCACACCCGCACCCGCAUGCUCAUUCUCAUACACAUCCUCAUCGAUCUCACAAAAGCACUUUCGGUCGAUACCGGGAUGACGAGCUGUCGCCAUUGUCGGACGAGAAAUUGAUUGACACAUCAGCGUGACUGCAGAUCUUCAGUUCAACUUUCCCGUCUGCUUCUUGUCUUCAUCGUGCAUGCCAAUAUUUAUGUGCUGGCUCUCUGUUUGCCUUCGUCCGGUUCUAUCAUUCCUUGUACACUGUUGGUUGAUUAGAAUACCUUACUCGUUGUGUGCCACCACCCGCCAUCCACCCCAUCCACCCUCGACUAGCUCCGACUAGCUCCUCAUUCAUUGAACUAUUUGUAUCGUCGCGCAUCUCCUUCCGUACCGCCUUGUAACUACGUAUCCCCUCAUGAAUUGAUAUGACGUCUCCAUAUCAUGGUUUCACUAGGUGGCGCAAUUGUGUCCCCAGAGGCUGAAGAUUCGUCGUAGUUCCCG